CUGCUGCUAGCGGCGUCAGCCUGAGCCUUAUCACCAUCUGAUUAUGGGAGUGUGAUGUACGUAUAAUGUUUUGAAAAGAAUAUAAAAAUGGGUAACCAUCACGGACAUGGAUCAAAAUCUGGAAAUGCCACUCCAAAUUCUGCAGUACAUUCACGCAAUGGAUCUAGAAAGAGUAUAACUGGCUCAGUUUCAGAGACAGAUAGCCAGAGUCAAGAGAAGCCUAGUCAAAUGUUACCUGUAGAAAAACUAGCAAAGAUUCUGACGGAAAAGUCUCAAAUUGAGGAAGGCGUAAAUGGAAUAACUUUACAAGUAUUCAGCCGUUGCUUGUUUCCAAGAUAUCUAGUUCUUGGAGAGAAAUUGUUCAAAUAUUUUCACAAGGCCUGCAAUUCGAAAAAUACUUACAUCAAUACGAAUGCCUUUAAACAACAGUGCGAGACCUAUUUAGGGAUAAUAGAUGACGAAAAAGUACGCGAAAUAUUAGUAAAAAUGUGGACUUCCUAUGAUGAAGAAAAAGGUGUUGAUGUUAUGACUCCAGACGAUAUGAAAUCGUUACUCAUGUCAACAUACCACAUAAGCAUGGAUCAUUAUUCAGAAGGUCCCCAGAUGUGCCUGUCUUCUAAUAAGACCCUCAAGGCUGUAGUUGAUAGUUGUUUUCAUACUAAAAAAAGCCUUUCAUCUUCUUUUGUUACCCACUGGAUAGAAAGUAAUAUUCCUAGAUUGUUGUUUCCUCUACACAGAUAUGCUGUUCAUUCUUUGGCUACUUCUUGGCGAACUCUGGAAGAAAGUGAACCCAACUUAGCUGCUGGUGAAAGAAGUGAAAUUGAAGAACGUCCAGGUAAAAAAAAUGCUUUUUGAUGUUUAAUUGCUAAA